AUGCAAAAUGAACAGCAUCCAGGGCCACUUGAAACGGUUAUAAUGCCAGAUUAUCAUGAAGCAGAAGGCGAUCCAGUGUCAACAAUUAUCUAUGCCCCGGACCAUAAGACCUCCGCGUCUGGACCUGCUCCGAUAUUGAUGUCUAAAACACUGAGUAAAAAAAUGUCCACUUACAUUAAGCAUGUGAGAACAAUCUUCAACCUGGAUGAAGCCUUGUUCCUGACAGAAAGUGGCAAGCAAUUCGAGAAAGGAACGAUAGGGAGAAGAAUUCUGGAGUUCUGGGCAAAGACAAAUGUAACAUCAGACAUCAGAAUAACUGCUACCAGGAUGCGCAAGAUGGCCACAACAACAACGAUGAUCAACAUGGACAGAGAUAAGCGCCUCGUGCACCAGCACAUGACAAGAAGAAGACAGCAAAAUGCUCGCAUUUAA